AUGGCAGGCUUCCUGAUCCCGCCAUGGUACCAGGUCUCGCGGGCUAGCCCGGAGAUGCUCGGCAUCGCCGUCUACUUCAUGGGCUGCUUCACAGCCAUCACGGCCUUCACGGCCUUCAAGGCCGCCGGCCAGACGUACAAGGUCCUGAGGCGGAAGCGCGGGAGGAAGCCGAGCACGUACAUUGUCAUGGUCUGGCUGGACUGGCUGAUCAACAUCCUGAUGGCCGUCCUGUCCUGGCUGUACAUCAACAACAUGAUAGAGCCCAGGUAG